CCUAUACUUUAUCUGGUAACCUUACCCAGAAGAAUAGACUAUUCCUAGGUAAAGUCUUCAGCAAUUUCUGUGGGCAGUUUGUUUUUCUCUUUUACACCUCAACCUACCUCUAUCCAUUAGCGUGUAUAUUAUUCUGCUAGUAGGUACCUGCUUUUUCCCAUGCAGACCUUUGGCUUCCUAUGGGGGAACUGUUUUAUGUUCAUUUCUAAAUCCCCAAUCAUGAAGAUGUUUAAUGAUUGAAGUGGUUAUCGAAAAACAGUUACUGAGUGUACAGGCUGUAAGGAAUGAAAGGGAAUUAGCAUUUGUGAACUGCCUUCUAUGUGCUUAGUGCUAAUGGUUUUGCAAUAUUUAAUGCUCUUUAAGGCCCCAUUGUAAAUGGAUGUACCUAGUCCUUGACCACUGAGAGAUCACAUUCUUCUGAGACUUUUAAUAUUUUAUAUAAAUAACGGAUGCCAUUCUAAGCUCCCUCUCCUUUCAGAGAGACCGGGACCUGGCUCUAGUUGGCCAGAAUUCCUGUUUCCAUAGCAACAAGAGGUCCUGUAAGAGUCGAGGGAGGCAGGAAGUGCAGUUUGCAUUUCCGUUUUGCGUCGGAAACUCGGGCAACCCGGAAGUUGACGGCGCAAUUGCACAUGGCUGCGCCCUGGGACGAUGCCCCUCGUGGUGUUUUGCGGACUGCCGUACACCGGCAAGAGCCGGCGCGCGGAAGAGCUCCGCCGCGCCCUGGCGUCCGAGGGCCGCUCGGUAUACGUGGUGGACGAAGCAGCGGUGCUGGGCGCGGAGGACGCGACAGUGUACGGCGAUUCGGCCCGUGAGAAGGCCCUGCGUGGGGCCCUGCGAGCUGCCGUGGAGCGGCGCUUGAGUCGCCACGACGUGGUCAUUAUCGACUCGCUUAACUACAUCAAGGGCUUCCGCUACGAGCUGUAUUGCCUGGCUCGGGCGGCGCGCACCACGCUGUGCGUGGUUUACUGCGUGCGGCCAGGUGGUUUGGGCAGAGGACCGCGGGUGGCCGGCGUAGAGGAGAAUCGGAGCCUGAACGUCAGUGUGAGUUGGAGACCGCGCGCUGAGGAGGGAGGGAGACCUCUGUCGGCGGAUACCAGUGUUCUCGGGGAACCGCAGGCAGUGGACUCCGUAGUCAACGGGAGACGCCAGACAGAUGUACCUAAGGAACCAGAGCGGAAGGAAAUCGGGGCGUCAGAUUUUCUAGGUGUCUUGAAUACGGAAUCCGAGAAAUCUGCAAAGCAUGUGUCCGGUGUUUUUUACCCUCCCGAACUUCUGGAGGCUCUGGCGCUGCGCUUCGAAGCUCCCGACUCUCGGAACCGCUGGGACCGGCCCCUGUUCACUUUGGUGGGCUUAGAGGAGCCGUUGCCCUUGGCAGAGAUCAGGGCUGCCCUCUUUGAGAACCGGGCUCCUCCACCCCAUCAGUCUACACAGUCCCAGCCACUUGCCUCUGGCAGCUUUUUGCACCAGUUGGACCAGGUCACUAGCCAGGUGUUGGCAGGACUGAUGGAAGCACAGAAGAGUGCAGUCCCUGGAGACUUGCUUAAGCUUCCUGGCACCACAGAGCACCUGCGGUUUACCCGGCCCUUGACCAUGGCAGAACUGAGUCGUCUCCGUCGCCAGUUUAUUUCCUACACCAAAAUGCAUCCCAACAAUGAGAACCUGCCUCAACUAGCCAACAUGUUUCUGCAGUAUCUGAGCCAGAGCUUGCACUAACCAGGACUGGUGGGGAAAAACCACGGUUCCUUGUUUCACCUCUACACCUUGGGAAGAGUAAUCUAAAGUUCUGCAGAUUUUGUUAAUGUCUGGUACUUGUGCUGUUGGGGCUAAUUCACUCAUACUUUCCUGAAUGCCUGUGCCAGAUCUUGAGCAUAAUUUGAGACUAGAGAAAAUGAAGAAAUGGAGCUUGGAGGAUCUUCGCAAAUUUCUCCGGAGGACAGCUCAGGUGGACAGGGCUUGCUUAGGUUGGGAUCACACACUAUUGAUUUUCAUCUGAACUGUGGGAGGAGAGACUGGGUAGAUGAAUUGUUUUAAAACAAUUCUGAACAGCACUGAAGAUGGCACAAUUCAGCAUCUAAACUGGGCCUUCUUUCAUACCACAGUUCUUUAAAUACUUUGCCUACUUUUUCUAGUCUGUGUCCUGGGGCCUGGGCUCAUAGAUCUCAUCCACUGGUUUCUGGCUUUGGGAAGUUUUGGUUCUAGUGUUAGUGAAAGACAAAACCACUAGAUUAUUUCAUCUAAUAAAAUAUUUCAGAAGUC